AUGAAAAUAUACAAUACACGCACCACCCUCUUAACGGUUGGACUUGGCAACUCUCUCCAACUCGUCCUUCUUCUUGAUAGCGUAAGAAGUAGAAGAACCCUUGGCAGCGUUGAUCAACUCUUCGGCCAAACAUUCAGCAAUGGUCUUGACGUUUCUGAAAGAAGCCUCUCUAGCACCAAUGGUCAACAAAGCAAUGGCGGUGUUGACUCUUCUCAAAGGAGAGACAUCGACAGCUUGUCUUCUGACGGUACCGGAAGAACCGAUUCUGGUGGAGUCUUCUCUGGCACCAGAGUUGACAACAGCGUCGACAACAACUUGCAAUGGGUUUUGCUCGGUCAAGACGUGGAUGAUCUCCAAAGCGUGCUUGACGAUUCUAACAGCCUUCAACUUCUUACCGUUGUUCUUACCGUUCAUCAUCAAAGAGUUGGUCAAUCUCUCGAUAACUGGACAUUGAGCCUUUCUGAAUCUCUUGGAAGCGUAUCUACCAGCAGUGUGGGAGAUGAACACUGGGGUUCUGACCUGAAUGUAGUCAACCAAAGAAACGUCCUUGAUUUCGACAUCUUCAAAAGACCACUUGUUGAACAACUUGAUCUCUUGUUGAGCAGCUUGGACAUCGGCUGGGAUUGGGGUGGCCAACUCAACCAACUGCAAUUCUUGUUGCACAACUGGCUCUUCGAUUUGUUGUUGUUGUUCCUCGACGUCAGACAUUUUUUUGGUGGAGAAGAAAAGUAA